AGCGGCCGCGCGGCAGCUGCGGGGCGUGGGGGCGGCGGCGGCCGAGGCCGAGGCGGCGGCGGUGGUGGUGGCAGUGGCAGCACCACCUCAGUUGGUGACAGUGCUCCGCCAGGUCCCCUUGAAGGCCCCAUGGAGACGGCGGCAGGCGGAGGCUGCGGCUCUGGGCCGCCGCUGCUGCUGAGCGAGGGCGAGCAGCAGUGUUACUCCGAGCUUUUCGCCCGGUGCGCGGGCGCUGCGAGUGGGGGCGCGGGUCCCGGGCCCCCUGAGGCCGCCAGGGUCUCCCUCGGCGCGGCCACUGCGGCCGCUGGUCCAGUGGCCGACCUGUUUCGGGCAUCGCAGCUCCCUGCCGAAACGCUGCACCAGAUCACAGAACUGUGUGGUGCAAAGCGGGUUGGUUAUUUUGGUCCCACACAGUUUUAUGUCGCCCUGAAAUUAAUUGCUGCAGCGCAGUCUGGCCUGCCUGUGCGGAUAGAAAGUAUUAAAUGUGAACUGCCUCUGCCUCGCUUUAUGAUGUCAAAGAACGAUGGCGAGAUACGAUUUGGGAACCCAGCUGAGCUGCAUGGGACUAAGGUUCAGAUUCCAUAUUUAACCACGGAGAAAAAUUCCUUCAAAAGAAUGGACGAUGAGGAUAAACAGCAGGAAGCACAGUCUCCCACGAUGUCACCCCUCGCCUCCCCUCCUUCUUCCCCGCCUCAUUAUCAGAGGGUGCCCUUGAGCCAUGGCUACAGCAAACUGCGGAGCGGCACAGAACAGAUGCAUCCAGCUCCUUAUGAAGCUAGACAGCCACUUGUCCAGCCAGAGGGACCCUCGUCUGGGGGUCCAGGAGCCAAACCCCUUCGGCAUCAGGCUUCCCUUAUCCGGUCCUUUUCAGUGGAGAGAGAACUGCAGGAUAACAACAGUAAUUACCCAGAUGAACCCUGGAGGAUAACAGAAGAACAGCGGGAGUACUAUGUCAAUCAGUUCCGAUCCCUUCAGCCGGACCCAAGUUCCUUCAUUUCAGGUUCUGUGGCCAAGAACUUCUUCACCAAAUCAAAGCUUUCCAUCCCAGAACUCUCUUAUAUAUGGGAACUUAGUGAUGCUGACUGCGAUGGAGCCCUGACUCUGCCUGAGUUCUGUGCUGCGUUUCAUCUCAUUGUGGCUCGAAAGAACGGCUACCCACUACCUGAGGGCCUGCCUCCAACUUUGCAACCCGAGUACCUGCAAGCAGCUUUUCCUAAGCCCAAGUGGGACUGUGCAUUAUUUGAGUCUUAUUCUGAAUCAAUGUCAGCAAACCAACAACCACGUGACUUGAAUCGGAUGGAGAAGACAUCUGUUAAAGAUGUGGCUGAUUUUCCUGUUCCUACCCAAGAUGUGACUGGUGAUGACAAACAAGCCUUGAAAAAUACUAUCAAUGAAGACUUACCAAAGGACGUGUCUGAGGAUUCAGCAACUCCUAAGGAUUCCAACAGUCUCAAAGCAAGACCAAGAUCCAGAUCUUACUCUAGCACCUCCAUAGAAGAGGCCAUGAAAAGGGGCGAGGACCCUCCCACCCCGCCACCGCGGCCACAGAAAACCCAUUCCAGAGCCUCCUCCUUGGAUCUGAAUAAAGUCUUCCAGCCCACUGUGCCAGCUACUAAAUCAGGAUUGUUGCCCCCACCACCUGCACUCCCACCAAGGCCUUGUCCAUCACAGUCUGAACAAGUAUCCGAGACUGAGUUACUCCCACAGCUGAACAGAGUCCCUUCCCAGGCUGCAGAAUGUAGUCCAGCAAAGAAGGAUGUAUCAUAUUCUCAGCCCCCAUCAAAGCCCAUUCGUCGGAAAUUCAGACCUGAAAAUCAAUCUACAGAAAACCAAGAGCCUUCUACUGCUGCAGGUGGGCCAACUUCUGUAGCAACUGUGAAACCCCAUCCAACAGUCCAAAAGCAGUCUUCCAAACAGAAGAAGGCCAUUCAAACAGCUAUCCGCAAAAAUAAGGAGGCCAAUGCAGUACUGGCUCGGUUGAACAGUGAACUCCAACAGCAGCUUAAGGAGGUUCAUCAGGAACGAAUUGCAUUGGAAAACCAAUUGGAACAACUUCGUCCAGUCACUGUGUUGUGACCUCCAUGUUUCAAGUGACAGUGGGUGACCUUGUCUGCCAAGAUCUUUCUUUUGAAUGUUUGAGCCUAACUACUUGUCAUAGAUAUCUGACUGUGUCAAAAGGUGUGAGCAGCAGAAUAUAAUCCAUAUGACCUUUUCUCUUGCACUUCACUUGUGUAUUUUACUGUGGUGGAAAAAAUACUUCAACUGAUUAUCACACUUGAAAUUGUAAUUAUCAGUGAAAUUUAUUUCCCAUUCUUAAGUAAUUUGUCAAGUUAUUAGAUGCUGCUACUUACCAAAAAUCAGUCUUUUAGCAAAUAAUUUAGAGCAUUAUUUAUUUAAAGAAUUUAUGAUUUGUAUAAACCUUAUAACCAAGUACCUUCAUGAUGCCUGUUUUAUUUUUAUAUGUAUAUCACAUGCAGUAGGUUGGUUUCCUGAAUAAUUGGGAUUCCAAGUGGAUACUCUUUGGCAUGAUGAUAAUAAAAACAAAAGCUAAGAUAAAACAAAAGCAUCAGAUUUAGACUGGCGCUAUGCCCUCCACCACUAUAUGCCAAAAAUUGCUUGUCUAGUGCCAUUUUGAUGUUAUAUCUAGCUAUAAAUAAUACAUGACUAUUGUUCUCUAUUGAAUGUCAAAGACUUAUUGGGUCUUUACACCUCUGUGAAGUGGAGAUUUUGGCAAUGAGCUAUUUAACUUGGCCGAUCUGGGCUGUCAACUCAGAUAACUCAGUCCUUUCAUGUAAAUUCUGGGCAAGAGCAAUCUACUUUAACUGCCUCGCCCUAUCAAAUUAAAUAAAUAGUUGCCAGAUCUCUACUUUUAUCCUGCAUGGGACAGCAUAUCUGUAAAUGCAUGAGUUUGGAAACCACCCAUCAAGUAUGAAAAGCCAGAUUGAUAAACAUUUGUUGUUUGAACCCAGGUAUCCAGACUGGGGAGGAAAGAAAAAGGUUACCAAUAACCCAGUAAUCUCUGGUAGUUAUUUUUGUAUUUAUUUGAACCUGGAUCAUGAAAGUAUUGGAUAUGAAGAAGUAAUGAAAGAAAGUAGUCCUCACACUGGCUAUGACUAUUUGGUUCUUUGUGAAGUGUACCCUUGAAAAGUAAUUGGUUUAUAUUCAGUUAAGAGGAGCUCAUUUGACUCCAGGGUAGGUGGUAUGUGUAAAUAGAAGCUCAAAUUGCAGAAGCCAGUAUGCUAGAGAAAGUUAGGUAGCUACUAGUUCUUCUAAAAGGCCAAGUUGACAGUGGGGAUUGACCAACCCCUCAGGGUCCCAGACCCUCACAGGGUUUGCCAAUUUCACCCACUUUGAGAGACUUAUAUAAUAAGACAUAAUGUCUCUUGUGCAUUUUGCUAAUUUACUCAAUUUUUGGAUAGUGGGAUAGGGUGUUCCUGGGAUCCUUUUUGAAAUGGUUUUGGAUAGGUUUGCUACAUUGGGAUUAAGCCAUUGAUUUCAACAGAGCUGAGAACUUUUAGAAAAAGUAGGCAUUUAUCUAAUACUUCCUUGUUCCACUGGCAAGCUUUAUCAAUAGCUUAACAGCAGAAGAGAAAUGCUCAAACAGAUGAUGUUUUUCCAAAGAAAAAGAAAUUGUUGAAUCUAUUCCAUGCAUAUUUAAGGAUUUUGAAGUGAUUCAAUUUUGAAAGUCCUGAAACUUGAACUCUUUCUCUAUUUCCUUUUUUUCCUUUUGGCUGCCUUUUUGGUUCUUGUGGGGAAGGGUUGGAAGUGAGUUUAAAUCCUUCCUAAGAUUAUGAAUGGGUCAGUGCAAAUUUUUGGUAACUUGUUUCUCCAUGUGUGGAGAUCUGGGGGCUGCAGCAAAUUUUAUCAACAGUGUUCUUAUUGCACAUGUUUCAUAGCACGUUUGGCUUUUGGUACAUUCAAUCCAGGAAAGACUAGCAUAUGCACUUUAUCUCAUAAUCUUCCAGUACAUGUGCAGUCACUCAGGAUAGCACUUCAUAUCCACCAACCAGACAUAUAAACUAAGGAAUGUUAGUUUAUACUAUGCAUUUAAAAAAUAUUGACAUGCUGUUUCCCCCAUGAAAUCAUUGACAAAGUGAGCCAGAUUAGGAGGUUGGGGUUUUGUUUAGUUGGCUUGGUUUUCAUUAACGGAAAAAUCUUGCACUGUACAAUCAAAGUCCUCCAAGUUUCUCUCAUAUAUAAAAUUUGGGUGUACUGGGGAUCAAACCCAGGGCCUCAUGCAUACUAGGCAUGUGCUCUACCACUGAGCCACAUCCCCAGCCCAUCACCAAUAUUUUAAGAUAAGCAUUGCAUCAAAGCACACACCAGUGAUGUCUAUACCCUGUCUUCUUAGCUGGACUUAAUUUUGGUCACAAUUUUUAGUGCUUAGAAAUGAAUUUUUUAAAAAGAAUUAAAUAUUUGUGUGUGUAUAUACACACACACACACACACACACACACACACACUACUAUUAUCACCUAACUAGUGCUUAUCCUCUAUUUCUCUGUUUUCUUAGGAUGCACACUUUUAAUUUAGGGUUAUAAUUCCUGAUAAUGUUUCUGUGAGCUUUAUGUGAUUUUUAGAAAGUCUGACUUAUUGAAACCACCAUUAUACCUCUUGUAUACAACUGCCCCCAAAUUAGUCUAGCUUAUUGGGUAGAACUCUACAGACAGAAGGUUAAUGUUGCCCUCAUUUAUGGGGGCUUAAUUACCUUGUUGUUCAGUGGUCUUCCCCAGCAGGAUCCUCCAGUCUCACAGAUUAAAGCACAGUAGGAGCUGGUAGUGGACUUGUUGGGUCCCUCAGCAUAUCUUGUAUGUGGCAUAGUGCUUUUGCCACCUCUCUACGAGGCAGACCUGAAGCCAAACCAAACGGUAGCUAUCUGGAACAGAUGUGUAUGUUGUAAAUCAAGGCAGAUAUUUGCCUUAGUAACUUCUUUACAAAUAUUACAUAAGUGCUUGGGCCUAAUUGUGAGAGGAGUCAGCUUAGGUGGAAGCUGUGCCCACCUGUUUGUCACUGGAGAAUAGGAUGUCAGAUCUGGGCAGGACUGGUGCUCAUCUCUUGUGGUUUGCAUGUGGGGAAACCAAAGUCCUACAAACCAGCAGUUCCUGGCCCAAGAAUCCAUAGAAAGAGGUAGCUAAUGGUAGAGUUGGGAUGCCAGCCCUUUUAUGGAUUCCAAGUUAGGUCCUCUAUCCUCUGUCAAUAUUAAAAAAAAAUUAGGUUUUUUCCUAUUUACCAUGUUGAAUUUUAUUGAUUAAUUAAUCAUUAAAUAUGAAAACAUGUUUUCAAUCUACAAAUUUCUCUUGGAUUGAAAAAUAAAAUCUGAAAGAAAAGAAUAUUAUUGAACUGUUUGCUCUUCUGAACACCUCACCUUUCAUGAUGCAAUAAGUUACUCUGAAUUUCUUGGCAGAACUUUUGACAGCUGUUGAUUUGAAUGGAUUCCAUUCCCAUAUCCCUUCUGGGAGUUUGUUUUUUAAAAUAGACUACUGUGAUUGAAAUGAACUCAAUAUGUAGUAAGUUAUAGUUUUCUUCAAUAUAUCUUUGGUUACUUGGGUCUAAAAUGUUCAAUUUUAGCAUACUUCAGGGUGAGUGAUCAAAACCAUGGAUUUUUCCUUUGAUUUCUUACCAAUGUCUGAACUAUCAUAAAACGUUUCUCUCUUUAGAUGUGAUUUGAUUUUAUAGUCUGUUUCUAAAUAGUCGUCUGUUUCUUAAAUGAUUUCACAGCCACGGUAAUAAUAGAUGUGUACUUAGAUGAUCAAUAAGUUAAUAUCUGGAAUUAAUGUGUUUCUUGCAAUUUAGUCAGGCAUUCUUCUUCUAAGCAAUAGUUGGAAAGAUCUCAAUUGCAGUAUUAACACCUCAGAGCUCAAAGCAUUUGUUCCAUGCAAACUAGAAUUGCACAUUCUGACUAGAAAUCAUCAAGGAAAUGUGAUUUUAACAAUAUAAGAAUGCAAAUUUAACAUCUCAUAGCAACCACACCUUCCCAUAUUUUUGGCAAGUAGCCUCAUUAGGUUGUGGUUUGAACAUAAUGAAAGCAAACAAAAUGAAUUAACAGUUAAGAGAUCUUUUUUUCCCUCUAGUUAAAUAGAACACAAGUAACUUUGGUUUCUCUUUCCAACUGGUUUACUCUGUUUCAAGUGUACUCUUUUAAAACACUGAUUUCAAAGAUCAGUUGAAUUUUAUCCUUUAGUUACGGGUGUUUUGUUAUGGUUUUUGCAGCAUGACUCAGUGUGGUUCAAGUUCCUAGUGAGAGGUGGGGAUUUGGGUGUUUGAAAUCCUCAGUCUGUCUAUCUUGGUUAUUCUUCAGCCCUGGCUAAGGGAGACUGCUCACCAACACCGACAGAUCAGUCACUGGUGGCAGUUUGAAUUACUCCAUGGGCCACCUGCUUUGCUUGUUUGUGAGGAGAAAUGCAUCUAGUUAUGUGACCCUCCCAAGAGUAACACAAAGAGCAGCAGGCAGAGAGAGACAGACUCUAAAAGCAAUGCAAGCAGAUUCUAAGAGCUGCUACCCACCCCAGAGUAGGCUUUCCGAGGCUGUCUUGAAAAUAUUCCCAAAAAAGCCAAUGUGUUAGCAUGAGCUAGACAGCAUGGGUACAUAGUUGCUUUUAGGUCUGCAUAGUUAUUUCACAUGGAUACUAACAUAUAUGAUGGUAAAGGAAACUUUUUGAAGAAGUACUGCAGGGUUUCAAUUGCUAGGACUUGUUCUAGUUAUAGAAGCCAUGCUUUGCUGUCAACAAUUGGGGAACGCUCAUUUUUCAUGUCUUAUGAAUUUUUCUAUCUUAUUUUAAGCAAAUUUCAUGGCUGAGAGAGGUUGGAGAAAGUGGGUUCAUGAUUCUGAAGACUAGAGGAGAGUAGAUGUUAAAAUGACGUAAACUGGAAUUUAGGAACUACAGUAAGGAAACCUUGAGGUACUAGUUCCGUCCUAAAGCACUCUAUUGAAUAACAGGACUAGAUCCUAAAGUUCCUUCAGGGAGCUCUGCCCUGGUACUGAAUGUAAUAACCCCAUUGUAUUUAGCCUGGAUCAACUAAGUUGUUUUAUUUUUGUUGUAUGUUAACUUGUGCCAGUUUCAGCUGUACCCUUCUUGGGAACCAGGUAUAUUCUCUUCUUUAGCACUGCCAUUCUUUUUGUCUUCAGCACAAAUAAGAUAUUUAAGUGAGCCAGAGGCCAAAAGAGCCAUUUUAGUUUUCAUAGCUAUUGGCAAAGAGAGAAUGAGCUGAUGGUCUAUUUUAAUCUCGAAAGUAAAAAAAAAAAAAAAAAUGUAUAUUUUUUCACUUCAGGUACAUU